UGUGUUUGAACUACUCUUCUUGAUUCUAGUCGCUCUCCGUUUGAUCAUAGAUUUUGAAGUUUAAAAUUUGAGUUGUUGAAGUGGUGUUUGUGAAAAAAAAAAUUUGAACAUUUCACGGCCAAAAAAGAUAUUUGAAAAUGAUUUUUCUAAAACUACUCUCAAAAUCUAUGGUCAAACGCUAAAUAAAUUUUGAAGUCGUGUGAACGAUAUUAUUGUCUUUUUUCUGAAGGCCUAGAUAGUUAUUUUUUUUCUUAGAAGAUGGUUCUUUUUUUGGACUAAUGACUUGCUUGUUCAUUACUGUGGACUGUUAUAGGAAGAUAUUGUUCUGUUGGGAAUAUCAGUAGCUUUGGUUGUUGAAUCUCGUGUAAGUUAAGUUGUGGUUGUAUUUUCUGCAAGUGGAAUGUAGGAUCUUUAGGUUGUGUGUUAAGAUUGACCCUCGAGUGAAAAAACAGAAGGAAGAUUGAUUGUAGGGACGAAAAUCAGCCUUAGUGAUAUCCAAAAACGCCAAGUGAAAAGGCGUUGCUCAAAGUAAAAAAAAAAAAAUUUAGUCCAGGAAUAGUUAAAACCUGCAGGAAGUUUAAACAGCUCCUAUUCACUAACAAUCUGUUGUUCCUUUGUGUUUUUCUUCUGGUACACCUGAUUAACAACAUUUUAUGUAAUUCACAGUUAAAGCUGAGAGGCCAAAAGUCUAAAGUUAUUGAGUAUUCAGAACUAAAUGGGAAAUUCUAAAAAUAUUGCUCUCUAUGUAACAAUAUGUGUGAUUUCUUUUAUCAUCUCGAAGAUUAUUAUGACAAUCGUCUGUUACCGUAGAUGGAAGAGAAAGCAAAUGGUUGUUCAAGACAGCUUAUCUGGUGGAAAACUAGUGAUGUUUAAGUCACCGAAAAUGAACACGUUGAAGUCCAACAUGUUCUUGAAGAGGACCAUGAAGCUGACUAACAAAGAUAUUAUAGGAUCAGGAGGCUAUGGAACAGUCUAUAAACUGACAAUUAACGAAUCAAUUUCUUUCGCGGUAAAGAGGUUAAACAGAAUAAGUGCAGAACAAGACAGAGGUUUUGAAAGAGAGUUGGAGGCAAUGGGGGACAUAAAGCAUCGAAAUAUAGUGACACUUCAUGGAUACUACAGUACAACGCAGUAUAAUCUUCUGAUAUAUGAGCUUAUGACUAAUGGAAGUUUAGAUGAAGCACUUCAUGGAAAAUCGGCUGCCAGGAAGGUUUUGGAUUGGCCUACAAGAUACAAAAUAGCAGUAGGAGCAGCAAGAGGAUUAUCAUAUCUACAUCACGAUUGCAUCCCUCACAUCAUCCACAGAGAUAUAAAGUCAAGCAAUAUCUUGUUGGGUCAUAACAUGGAGGCUCGAGUAUCUGAUUUUGGACUAGCCACUCUGAUGGAGCCAGAUAAGACGCACGUUUCAACUUUGGUAGCUGGAACUUUUGGAUAUUUGGCUCCUGAAUAUUUUGACACCGGAAAAGCAACAGUCAAAGGAGAUGUUUACAGCUUUGGAGUUGUCUUACUGGAACUUCUAACUGGGAAAAAGCCAUCAGAUGAAGCAUUUUUGGAGGAAGGAACCAGACUUGUAACUUGGGUGAAGACAGUUGUUCAAGAGAAAAGAGAAGAGUAUGUACUUGACAAAAACUUACAAGAGUUUCCCAUAGAUGAAGUUAACCAUGUAUUUAACAUUGCAUUAGUUUGCCUUGAGGCAGAUCCAUGUAAUAGACCGACUAUGGCUGAAGUCGUUAUAAUGCUUGAGCAAAUAAAGAUAAAUGCUUUGGCAUGAGA